AUGACCGACUCGGACGAAGACGAGCGCGAACUGCAACGGCUCGCAUCCAACAACCCAGCCAUGACGGUGCCCGCGAGCCAGACCAUCUCGCGCUCCGAACUCGACCGCCUACGGUCCCGCGCCAGCAAGACAUUCACCGCGUCCGACCCCUCAGGCGGCACCGAAACGUUCGUCCAAGACCCGGCAGCAUCGUCACCUGCAUCCCCAACGACAGAGACCAAUGGAGCGCCAAUGCCAGCACCAGUGCACGAAAUCGAAAUCGACAGCCACGGGCACGUCCAAGUUCAAGCCCAGCUGUCCAAAUACGACGUGGGCUGGCGUCGCGUGGUGCGCAAUUUCUCGCCGUCAUGGUUCUCCGUGACCAUGGGCACGGGGAUCGUGUCUCUGCUGCUCAUCACGAUCCCGUACAAGGCCGACUGGCUGUACUGGUUGGCCGUGGUGUUCUUCGCGCUCAACAGCAUUUUGUUCGUUCUGGCACUCGGCAUUUCUGUGCUCCGGUAUACGCUGUACCCGGAGAUCUGGGGCGUGAUGAUCGCCGACUCGACCAACUCGCUGUUUCUGGGGACGGUGCCGAUGGGCUUCGCCACGUUGGUGGAGAGUUGGAUUUUCUUGUGCUGUCCGUACUGGGGGUACUGGUCGGUGACGGUCGUUUGGGUGGCUUGGAUGAUCGAUGCCAUCGUGGCUGCGGCGGUCACGGUGUCGUUGCCGUUCCUGCUCAUGUCGCAGUCGCAUCAGCAUUCGUUGGACCGCAUCACGGCGGCGCAGUUGUUGCCUAUUGCGGCGACGAUUGUUGCAGCUGGAGCUGGCAGCGAAGUCGCCGAACUCCUCCACAACCCGACCCACGCGCUCGGCACGCUCCUCACGUCCUACGUGAUGUGGGGCAUGGCAACCCCCCUAGCCAUGACCAUCCUAGUGAUCUACUACCAACGCCUAGCCCUGCACAAACUGCCGCCGCGCGAAGUCGUCGUGUCGUCCUUCCUCCCGCUCGGCCCGCUCGGCAUGGGCGGCUACACAAUCAUGUACCUCGGCCGGGUGUCGCGCGAGGUAUUUCCCCGGGUCGAGUUCCUGCACAACCUCGCCGUCGCCGGCGACGUCGUGUACGUGAUGGGCGUCUUCGUCGCGCUGAUCAUGUGGGGGUUCGGCCUGUGCUGGCUGGUCUUUGCGCUGGCCACAAUCUACCGCACGCGGCCGUUUCCCUUCAACAUGGGCUGGUGGGGGUUUACGUUCCCCUUGGGCGUGUAUGCCAUCAGCACCAUGACGUUUGGGGUCGAGAUGCCCAGCCAGUUCUUCAAGAUGUUGGGCACUAUUUUGAGCGUCGCCGUCGUGUUGCUGUGGUGUGUGGUGGCCGCGGGUACGGCUAAGGGUGCUUGGUCUGGGAGGCUGUUUUAUGCGCCUUGUUUGAAGAAUUUAAAGAAGGAGGUUAGUCAGCCGGAGCUGGAUGGGCUGGAUAAAGAGAAGUUGCCGGGGAAUUGA